AUGAGCAAGAAAUGGGACUCAAACUCUUCAGAAAACUGGAGUCACACUUGGAGUAGCAGUGACACACAGCAUCAUUGGUACUCCGAUAUCAACAUCACCUAUGUGAACUAUUAUCUUCACCAGCCUCAAGUGGCAGCAAUCUUCAUUAGUUCCUACUUCCUGAUCUUUUUCCUGUGCAUGGUGGGAAAUACUAUAGUUUGCUUUAUUGUAAUAAGGAACAAACACAUGCACACUGUCACCAAUUUCUUCAUCUUAAACCUGGCAAUAAGUGAUUUGCUUGUUGGAAUAUUCUGCAUGCCUAUCACAUUGCUGGACAACAUCAUAGCAGGAUGGCCAUUUGGAAGCAGCAUGUGCAAGAUCAGUGGGCUGGUACAAGGAAUCUCAGUUUCUGCUUCGGUCUUCACCUUGGUUGCAAUAGCUGUGGACAGAUUCCGGUGUGUUGUCUACCCCUUUAAGCCAAAGCUCACUGUCAAGACAGCCUUUGUCACUAUUGUGAUCAUCUGGGGCCUGGCCGUAACCAUUAUGUCUCCAUCUGCAGUAAUGUUACAUGUCCAAAAAGAAAAAUACUACCGUGUGAGACUCGGCUCCCACAAUAAAACCAGCACAGUGUACUGGUGUCGGGAGGACUGGCCAAAGCAGGAAAUGAGGAGGAUCUAUACCACUGUGCUGUUUGCCACCAUCUACCUGGCUCCCCUCUCCCUCAUUGUUGUCAUGUAUGCAAGGAUCGGGGCUUCCCUCUUCAAGACUUCAGCACACUGCACGGGCAAGCAGCGCCAGGUUCAGUGGCAUAUGUCCAAGAAGAAACAGAAGGUCAUCAAGAUGCUGUUGACUGUGGCCCUCCUUUUCAUCCUUUCCUGGCUGCCCCUGUGGACUCUGAUGAUGCUCUCAGACUAUGCUGACCUGUCACCUAAUAAACUGCGUGUCAUCAACAUCUAUAUCUACCCUUUCGCCCACUGGCUUGCCUUUUGCAAUAGCAGUGUUAACCCCAUCAUUUACGGUUUCUUUAAUGAAAAUUUUCGCAGUGGUUUCCAAGAUGCAUUCCAGGUCUGCCAAAAGAAAACAAAACCCCAGGAAGCAUAUGUCUUAAGAGCUAAAAGCAACAUGGUAAUGAACACAUCUGGCCUGCUGGUCCAGGAACCUGCGUGUCAAAACCCAGGUGGGGAACAUUUGCUAUGUGAGAAAAGUGCUGAAAAUCCCACACAAGAAUCCCUGAUGGAAGAAAUGGGAGAAGCAACUAACAGUUCUGUGGCUUAA